CCUUCCAAAUCACCCAACAAAACACACUCCCCACGAAUGUCUUGACUCGUUUGGAAACUACACCACCCUCCACCCUUUUCCUUGGACGAGCGCAAGGGGAAGUGUAAUCCAGAAGCUCAAACCAAACUCAAAUUCACAUCAAACGAUACACCCAAACCCAAUCAUGCACCACAACCCCAUAAUAAUUCACCCACAAAAGCAAAAAAAAAAAAAAAAAAAAAAAAAAAAAAAAAACAAAGAAAGUCACAAAUGAGUAGGACCCGAGCACCCCUAUAAUUAUCAAACAAACCCCAAAACCAUUUCACAGCGUGACUCACUCACAUAACCAAAUUUCAAUUUAUUUAUUUAAUUUAAUUUUUCUGAAGCAUGACAACAACCUACGGCACGAUCCCAACCUCGGCGGCUCCGAACCUGGAGUACAUCUCACGCGCGAAGCAGAGGAUCAAGGCGGGGCUGGGGACGCGGCGGCCGUGGAGGGCAAUGGUGAACUUGCGGUCGCUGAAGCUCCCCGGCGGCGGCGUGGCGGAGGCGAUUUGCAGGGUAAGGAUCAACGUGUCGUACUUUCGCAUGAACUACGCCAUGGUGGGGCUGCUGAUUCUGUUUCUGAGUCUCUUGUGGCACCCCAUUUCGCUCAUAGUGUUUCUCCUCAUCAUGGCGGCCUGGCUCUUUCUCUACUUCCUCCGCGACGAACCGCUGGUGCUCCUCGGCCACCUCGUCGACGACCGCCUCGUGCUCCUCGCCAUGGCCCUGCUCACGGUGGCGCUGCUGCUGCUCACCGACGCCACCGUCAACAUUGUCGUGGCGGUGGCGGUCGGGGUGGCGGUCGUGGUGGCGCACGCCGCGUUGAGGAGGACGGAGGACUUGUUCCUGGGCGAGGAGGAGGAAGCUGCUGCUGGCUUGGCCGGUGCUGCUUGAUCAUCAUCGUCAUCAUCAUUCUUCUUUUCUUUUUUUAUUUUUUUUUAUGGUUUAUUAUUAUUAUUAUAUUUUUUGGAUGGAUCUAUUUUGUAUUGUAGUUAGCUAGUUUUACUAGUUACAUAAUUUUUUUUUCUUUUUUUUUGCCUGGGUUUCAUAUUUUGUUCUAACUAUGAUUUGUGCCAUUUAGUUGAGUUCCUGUGGGUUUGGUUUGGGAGGGGAAAACUGAAAUAUGAAAUGGGUGUGUUUGGGAGGGAAAUCUGAAUGGGAGGUGGUUACCUAAUGACUGUGUUUAGGGUCUUUAAUACCACACAACUA